AUGAGUUUUCGUCCAGUUCCCGCAUCUCCCCGGACGGGAACCCCUUGGGGAGGCCGAAUUAACAGUAAAUUGCAAACUGAGGUCACUUACUACUUUUACUUGCGCCCCAUCUUCCCGGCGGUGCAGCUCGUGCUCACGUUCACGCUGGUCAUGGCCUGCGUGUGGCUACUGGACAAGACAGUCCAAUCCAUGGCCAUCAUCCUCGUGGCCGGGACGCUCUUUGGGGCCAACAUCCAGCUGCUGACCGUCCAACAGGGCUACUUUGACGCCAGUGUCAAGGAGAAUCCGCUACUGCACCUGUGGUCCCUGGAGUGGGGUAGCUGUCAUGAAGGGGCACUUUGGCCGUAUUUCGCCGAGCAAACGCUGCCGCUAUGGGUUCAGGCCCCAGGCUACUUAUGGGGUUCGAGAGCAUCGCGUGGGCGAUCGGCGGUGCCAGGGCGCUCACCCCUUCGGGGCCAAGCGGCGAUGUCGGCGGCGGCGCAAUUGCAAGUGACGCCAGGCGGGUUUUCGGUGCUCCCUGCGAGCGCCUGGUCGAGCGUAUGGACUUCGCCAACGUGGCCGCGCGAAGAUGCGCAGGAUGGUCAAUUGACAGCGGCGGAGCGGCAAUCAGCCGCAGAUUAUCGGGCGGGGGCGCGGGCGAUUGCGGCGCCGCAACAAGUGGUGGUGCCGAUGUCGAGGACGGCGACAGCUGGGGAGUCGGAGGCGGCGGAAGAGGAAGAGCCGUCGUGGGAUCCGAAGGAUCGGUUGCCGUCACUUCAUCGGUCGUAG